AUAUUACUUGUUUCGAGUCUCAGCUAGCGCAAAUAGCAUCGUCUUCUGAAGCGGAAUUCUCAGAACACCCCAGCCGGUUUCAAAUUUUAGUUAGAUCGCUGAGGAACGACUUGAUAUUCAAUUCGCCUCCUAUGGCCCGAGCCGCGUCCCGAACAUGCUUGCUCGGGGCGGCAGAAACCGAUUAUGCUACGUACUACUACUAUCAGAUGCCCUUCAUACCAUUACAGUGACCGUACUAGCUCGUCAUUGGCGAAAACAGCAAUUUGUCACUAUCCCCAGAGCCCCGUAUUCUGCCAUUCGUUGGUGGUCAUUCCCCGCCUUUGUAUCGGUACUUGCCGCGGACUUGCCCUGGCGCAGCGGGAUUCCUGGUUCUUGGUUCACUUUUGAUCAGCAUCGCCAAAGUCAUUACCACACAAUCCAGCGGCCCUAUUAUUCUAGACUUCUUGCGCCCACCCGGCUACACCACCAACCGAUUGCGAUAAUGCUACGGGUCGCCGAUCAAUACCCUUAUCACGUCACGAUCGGACGAGCCGUACUAUUGGUAUAAUAUUAUCGUGUUCGAGGCCUGCGACCAAAGCUUAACGGUCAGACAUCAAACGUUUCAGGACAGGCAGAUUACAAGGACAACACGUUACCUAGUCGUCACUACCACAGGUGUGCGGUGCACAGGAAAC